GCAUGCAGGUAAGGUAUGCUGGGAAGUGAUCCUUUUCGUGGGCCGGGCUCACCCGCUCCGCUCGCCCAGGUGCUGUUGGCAGCCGCCGUGUGCACGAAGGCGGGGAAGGCCAUCGUGUCCCGGCAGUUCGUGGAGAUGACCCGCACCCGCAUCGAGGGGCUGCUGGCAGCGUUCCCAAAGUUGAUGAACACAGGGAAGCAGCACACGUUCGUGGAGACGGAGAGCGUGCGGUACGUCUACCAGCCCAUGGAGAAACUCUACAUGGUGCUGAUCACCACCAAGAACAGCAACAUCCUGGAAGACCUGGAAACACUUCGGCUCUUCUCUAGAGUGAUCCCUGAAUAUUGUCGAGCUCUGGAGGAGAAUGAGAUCUCUGAACACUGCUUUGACCUGAUCUUUGCCUUUGAUGAAAUCGUUGCCCUGGGCUACCGCGAGAACGUAAAUCUAGCGCAAAUUCGGACCUUCACUGAGAUGGACUCGCAUGAGGAAAAAGUGUUCCGGGCAGUCCGAGAGACACAGGAACGCGAAGCAAAAGCCGAGAUGCGCCGUAAAGCAAAGGAGCUGCAGCAGGCCAGGAGAGAUGCAGAGAGACACGGCAAGAAGGCUCCCGGGUUUGGGGGCUUCGGCAGCUCGGCCGUGUCUGGGGGCACGACGGCAGCAAUGAUCACAGAGACCAUCAUUGAGACCGAGAAGCCCAAAGUGGCACCAGCACCAGCCAGACCUUCAGGUCCCAGUAAAGCCUUGAAGCUCGGUGCUAAGGGGAAGGAGGUGGACAACUUUGUGGACAAGCUGAAAUCAGAAGGAGAAAAUAUCAUGACUUCUGUAGGCAAGCGCUCUGCGGAAGCAGCCAAAGUUCUCGCUCCUCCUGUUAACAUGGAGAGUGUGCACAUGAAAAUAGAGGAGAAAAUCUCCUUGACUUGCGGCCGUGAUGGAGGAUUGCAGAACAUGGAGCUGCAUGGCAUGAUCAUGCUGCACAUCUCUGAUGAAAAGUUUGCACGGAUUCGUCUUCAUGUAGAAAAUGAAGACAAGAGGGGAGUGCAGCUGCAGACUCACCCAAAUGUGGACAAGAAACUCUUCACUACAGAGUCACAGAUCGGUUUGAAGAACCCAGAGAAGUCAUUCCCUAUUAACAGUGAUGUGGGCGUGCUGAAGUGGAGGUUGCAGACCACAGAAGAGUCUUUCAUUCCAUUGACAAUUAACUGCUGGCCCUCAGAGAGCGGGAACAGUUGUGAUGUUAACAUUGAAUAUGAGUUGCAAGAGGAGAGCCUAGAGCUGAACGAUGUGAUCAUCACCAUCCCCUUGCCGUCUGGUGUCGGCGCCCCAGUGAUUGGGGAGAUUGAUGGCGAGUAUCGCCACGACAGCCGGAGAAACCUCCUUGAGUGGUGCCUGCCAGUGAUAGAUGCCAAAAACAAGAGUGGCAGCCUGGAGUUCAGCAUAGCAGGGCAGCCAAACGACUUCUUCCCGGUGCAAGUCGCCUUCAUUUCCAAAAAGAACUAUUGUAACAUACAGGUUACCAAAGUGACCCAGGUAGACGGGAACAGCCCUGUAAGGUUUUCCACUGAAACCACCUUCCUGGUGGACAAGUACGAAAUCCUGUAAUGCUAGACGUGGGAAAGUGCAAAGGAAGAAAUUUUUUAAAUUAAAACAAAAAAA